AAGUGGGCAUAGAAGGUGGGACAAGAGAGGCUGGAGUAAUGGCAUUCACUGUCAGAGAUCAGAGACUGAUAACAUUGUUUCCUAUGUUCAAAGAGAAGGGCUCCUUUAUGCUGUUCCCUUGGUGCCCUUCACAGAGCUUUGGCCAUCUCCUGUGCUUACUGAGUCGGGCCAUGGUGUAGUCACCUGCACACACCUUAUUAUGCUUGCUAUUUCUUAGCAGAAAAGAAAACUAAGUUACAAAGCCGGCCUCUGCUGGAUGCUGUAAGUGUACAACCUCAUCUAAUAUUUACUGCCUUCCUGUUGGAAAGGUACGAUUUUGUAGAUAAUAAACUGAGGCCCAGAGAUGCAGCAAAGUUAGGUCACAAAACUAGUAAGGGCCAUUUGGGCUUUGAAUUAGGUCUCUGUGACUGGGAAGCCAGGCCCUUUCCCCUGGGAGACUAGUGGUUGUGGCAUGGGGAAAGAUGGGGGAGGAGCGCACAGUGUGGCUAGUCAUCAGUCGCAUCAACCUCGAGAAGGACUCCAGCAGCCUGACUUUGGGGCAGUAGCACAUGGGGGCAGGCAGAGAAGGGGCCCCAGGAGGAGGAACACUUCACUCCCAGCAAGUACUCAGGUCGUUACCAGCUUAGGGUGUGAGGGUUGAGGAGGGGGCCUCCCUCGGAUACCAGAGCCCACAUAAAAAUCAUUAUUUCCAACCAGAUCAGAGUUUGCGUGUUUUCUGUCUUUUCUAGCCAGUGAAAUAUGUGGUGAUUAGUUCUCUGAGGUUAUGUUCACUGCAUCUGUUUCUACACUUUUAGGGCGUCUGCCCAAGAAAUGUGAGGAUUACUGGAGGUCGUAUUUCAUUUUUAAUUACUACUUAAUUGAGCCCCGGAUUUUUGAGUUUUUUUCCCCUUUGCUUUGACUUAAGAUGGAAUUCAUGGGUUCCCAUUUUAGCAAAUUAUGUAAAUUUGCUUUGGUGCCAUUUAAGGGUCAUUGUACUAUAGAAUGCUAUAGGAGCUGCUGUUUAAAAUGUAUCCAUUCUGUAGUCAUGUCUGAGGCCAAAAGGAUUUUUGAGUGCUUCUUUGCAGUGUUUCUCCUUGCUGGAACAUCAGCUGUCUUUGAAGUUGGGUGUGGCGAGCAGCUCCCCUGGCUGGGCAGGAGACUGUCCCGCAGAGGAGACCAUGGACUUCAAAAGGCCUGGAGAAGGGAGAAGCAUAUGCUAAAUAAGGCGGUGGCUCUCACUGCAGGCAUCAAAGCAAGUUUAUGAUGUGUCCCUUGUCCCUUCUGUGAACACAGAAUAGAAACUGGAGAACUUGUUUUGCAUAAAGGAAUAUAUCAUUCGGGUGCAAAGAGGAAUUUCUGUAGAAAACAGCUGGCAGAUUGUGAGGAGAUACAGUGACUUUGAUUUGCUGAACAACAGCUUGCAGAUUGCAGGCCUAAGUCUACCUCUUCCUCCCAAAAAAUUGAUUGGUAACAUGGAUCGUGAAUUCAUAGCUGAGAGGCAGAAAGGUCUUCAGAACUAUCUCAACGUUAUCACCACAAAUCAUGUCUUGUCUAAUUGUGAGCUGGUUAAGAAGUUUUUAGAUCCAAACAACUAUUCCGCAAACUACACUGAGAUUGCCUUACAGCAAGUUUCCAUGUUCUUCCGAUCAGAACCAAAGUGGGAGGUGGUAGAACCGUUGAAAGACAUAGGUUGGAGAAUAAGGAAGAAAUAUUUCUUGAUGAAGAUUAAAAAUCAGCCAAAGGAACGGCUAGUGUUAAGCUGGGCUGACCUUGGUCCUGACAAGUAUCUGUCAGAUAAAGAUUUUCAGUGUCUAAUCAAACUUCUGCCUUCCUGUUUGCACCCUUACAUCUAUCGGGUCACCUUUGCCACAGCUAAUGAAUCCUCAGCAUUGCUUAUUAGGAUGUUUAAUGAAAAAGGAACUUUGAAGGACCUGAUCUACAAGGCAAAACCAAAAGACCCAUUCCUAAAGAAGUACUGCAACCCUAAGAAGAUCCAGGGCCUUGAACUCCAGCAAAUAAAAACAUAUGGGCGGCAAAUAUUAGAGGUACUAAAGUUUCUACAUGACAAGGGAUUCCCUUAUGGGCAUCUGCAUGCCUCCAAUGUGAUGCUAGAUGGUGACACUUGCCGGCUGCUAGACCUUGAGAAUUCUUUAUUGGGCCUUCCUUCCUUCUACCGAUCCUAUUUCUCACAGUUCAGGAAAAUCAAUACAUUGGAAAGUGUGGACGUCCACUGCUUUGGCCACUUACUGUAUGAAAUGACUUAUGGACGACCGCCAGACUCAGUGCCUGUAGACUCCUUCCCUCCUGCACCGUCUAUGGCUGUGGUGGCCGUGUUGGAGUCUACGCUGUCUUGUGAAGCCUGUAAAAAUGGCAUGCCUACCGUCUCCCGGCUCUUACAGAUGCCGUUAUUCAGUGAUGUUUUACUAACCACUUCUGAAAAGCCACAGUUUAAGAUUCCCACAAAGUUAAAAGAGGCAUUGAGAAUUGCCAAAGAAUGUAUAGAAAAAAGACUAAUUGAAGAACAGAAGCAGAUUCACCAGCAUCGAAGACUGACAAGAGCCCAGUCUCACCAUGGAUCUGAAGAAGAGAGGAAAAAGAGAAAGAUUUUAGCUCGAAAGAAGUCAAAACGGUCUGCUGUUGAAAACAGUGAAGAGUAUUCAGCAAAAUAUAGCAACUCCAAUAAUUCAGCAGGAUCUGGGGCCAGCUCACCUCUCACAUCCCCGUCAUCACCGACUCCACCCUCUACAGCAGGGAUGUCCGCAUUACCUCCACCGCCUCCGCCUCCGCCACCAGCAGCUCCCUUGCUUCCUGCGAGCACAGAGGCGCCUACACAGCUUCCGCCCCAGGCUGUGAAUGGUGUGAGCCGAGGGGCCUUACUCAGCUCCAUCCAGAAUUUCCAAAAGGGAACUUUGAGGAAAGCCGAAACCUGUGAUCACAGUGCUCCUAAGAUCGGCUGAAGAUUCGUGUUUACACUUGGAGGGAAAAGUUCUUUGUUUUUUCCUCCCACCUCCAGCCCCUAAAGCACUCUUUUUCCGGAUGAACAAUUGCUGAGCCAGUAAAGCCACAUACUGUUUUGCAGAUGCUCAUCUAAGAGGCUUCUCAAGAGGGAAAUAUCCAAGUAGAAUAAAGUCAGGCUGGCGUUUCUGCCUUAAGAAAUAAUUCGCUCCUUUAUUACCAUUUUAAAGGAGUCUUGUUCAUCCUCUAAUGGGCAUCUUUUAGGGGCAGCAGCAUAUUGGAGUCAACAUUUGCACCAACUUAAGGAGAUGGACAGAAAAACAAUGACAAUAUUCACUCCCAGCAGUGAAUGACCUUUGUGUUGCGAUCCCUCCCAUCCCAUCAGACACUCCCAGAAAUGUUCCCCUCAUAGUUCAUUUCUCUAUAUAAAGCAUUUUCUGGUUAUUUCUUAGAUUAAUUCCCAUUCUUGCUACUUUAUUUCCUCUUAGACAUUAACACCGUAGUCCACAGCAUAGUUACGUCAUGGAGUCAGAGAAGCAACUGAGUUCAAUUUUCCGCUCAAAUAGACGGGGCCAAGUCCAUAACAUUCUCUAGGUUCUAACAGGAAUACUGCUGUGGUUACAGAACUCAGGGCUGCUAAGGCAACCACUCUAGACUCACGGUUCCUUUGAGUUUGAGUGUAUUGAGACAGAUGUUAACAUCAGGAAAAGCUCUUGCCAAUUAGAGGACCUUCUUAAUCCUCAGCAAUAAAGUUGUUUGUGGUUUGGGGGGAGGGGGUUACUAUUAGAACAAAAGUAAAUUUGGCAUCCAUAGAAAUCAGUUCUGAUUUUUGAAAGAUUUGUCCAAAUAUAUCAUUUUUUUAACGUUACUCAUUUAUUAGAUCCUUUAUCCUACAAUUUGCUUAAACCCUUAAAUAAAUUGCACUUUAAAGGAUUAUAAGUAAUCCAUUUAAAAAUUCAAAUACACACAUCAGUGUUGGUUACUAUGCAGAGAGAAUGUCAUUGUGUAUAGUUUCAUUUAAUCUGUGACAAAUGUUCAGCUGUAUUUUUUAUUAAAAUAAACUAUGUCAAGAAAA